CUCUCUCUCUCUCUCUCUCUCUCUCUCUCUCUCUCUCUCUCUCUCUCUUCUCUUAAAUAAUCGAAUAUCUGAAUCAUUCUUCCACCACUUCUCGCAAACCUUUCCUCGGCAAUCAGCGUUUCGACAUGGCCGAAGAAGAGCAGAAGAAGGUGACGGAGACUGGGGCCGGGUCGGAUCCUGCGCCGGUACCGAAAUCCGAACAGGAGAAGCCGGCGACUGUUGCUGCGGAGGAGAAACCUGUAGCUCCGCCGCCUCCUCCUCCUCCGGCGCCGGAGGCUAAGCCCGACGACUCCAAAACUAUUGUUCCUGUCAAAAGUAAACAUGACGAGGAGAAGAAAGGAGGCUCUGUUGAGCGAGAUGCUGUCCUGGCUAGAGUUGAGACGGAGAAGAGGAUGUCACUUAUCAAAGCUUGGGAAGAAGCCGAAAAAUGCAAAGUGGAGAACAAAGCUCAUAGGAACCUUUCGGCAAUCGGGGCAUGGGAAAACAGCAAGAAAGCAUCCGUGGAAGCUGAGCUCAAGAAGAUUGAGGAGCAAUUAGAGAAGAAAAAGGCAGAGUACAGGGAGAAGAUGAAGAACAGAAUAGCUGAGAUCCACAGGGAAGCAGAAGAGAGAAGAGCGAUGAUCGAAGCCAGACGCGGGGAAGAGGUUCUCAAGGCCGAGGAAAUUGCCGCGAAGUAUCGUGCCACGGGAACGGCCCCGAAGAAGCUUUUGGGAUGCUUCUAAUUAUCAUCACUUCACCUUGGUAGGAAAAAAAGAAGAAGAAGCUUUUCGGAAACUUGCUAAUGUUCAAUCGUUUUUCUUUUGAUUUGUUGCAGAAUCGGAAAAGAAAGGUGUUUAAUAAUUUGUGGGCUUAGUUUGGUUUCAUGUGGGUUGUGUUUGAUCGUUUAGGAAAUUAUAUGGUCAUUACGAAAUGUUUUGUUUUGUUUGGGGCUUCUUUUUUUUAUUCGGAUUUCUAUAGCUUCUCUUUUCGAAUCAUUGGUGUGAAAAAUUCCUUUUUUUUUUUGAAAGGUUGGUGUUUCAUUUA